GAGAUUGCGACGCGUCACUUCCGGCCGGCCUGUUUGAGCGUCCGUUUCCAUAGUGACGGAAGAGACGGCGAGAAGCCAUGCCUGCGUGCCAUGGCAGCUGUGGCCGUUAUGGCAAGGACGCUCCGUCCACUGGCCUGGCUCACACCCGUCGAUAUCGCCCUAGGGCCACAUCCUCUCAGGUCGACGAGUCUCUCUUUGGCAACCGUCAACAGAGGUCGGCCCCCACAGAGCGAGCGGCCCCAGACUUUGACCCCUGCUCCGACCAAGCCCUGGCCAAGCCAAUGCAGACUGUGCCCGGCACCAGCAAGGUCAUCGAAAGCCUGAGGAUCAUCACCAAGGACCACGUCCGGGACCUCGUUAUUCCCACAGAGGACCCCUCAGGCAAGACUCUGAUCAUCAGUCCUGUGGAUUUCGAGCGAAUAAAGGCAGCGUCCCGGGUGAUCAGUGAAAAGGAGCGGGAGGCCAUACGAAAGGCCAACGAUGCAGAGAAAAUGCGUGCAGCGGAACUGGCAUCCGAUCGGAAAAACUUCAUCCGAGCCAAGGAGUUAGAGAGACAGAAGAACGAGAAGCUGACUGACGUGGAGGAGGCAGCGCGGGACAGGGCCCUGUACCUGCUGGAGAAAGCCAACACCAUGCGGCUGGAGCAGGAGGACGAGAUCAAAAAGAUCAACGAGAUCAUUGUUGGAGCCAGAUGCCAUGCGAUUCGUGACGCCCAGAUCCUGGAGAAGGAACAGAUAGCAAAGGAGAUGUUGGAAGAGGAUCGGCGACUGGACACGAUGAUGGAGGUGGAUCGGCAGAAAGCUAUGAAGAUGCAGGACGAGAUCGAGCGCAGAAAGAAAGAGGAUGGACUGAGAGCUAAAGCUCACAUCAUCGAGCAGAUGGAGGAGAAGGAAAAGGACAGGAUGUUGCAGCAGGAAAUCAAGGCCAUGGAGGCAAGGGACAGGCUGCAGGCCAUGGAACAGCUGCACCAGGAGGACCUGGAGAACCUGCAGGAGAAGCGGCAAAAGCAGAUGAAGACCCACCAGGAGAUCAUGGAGGCCAACGAGACCAUGCGGCGCAGGAGGGAGCAGCUGCAGGAGCAGGACCGCAUGGCUGAGCAGAAGGUUCGCGAGUUCCAGAACGCCAAGAUGAAAAGAGAAGCUGAAUUUGAGGAGUUGCAGAAGCGUUUGAGACGAGAGAAAGCAAUAGAGGUUGCUCGCCUCCAGGCUCUGCAGGAACGUGCACACGAUGUCAAGGCUGAGCAGGAUGCGCUGCGGGCCAAGCGAAGCCAGGAGGCCGCAGAGCGAGAGUGGCGGCGGAAGGAGCUGGAGGACGAGCAGAAGAAGGCCAAGCUGAACGCCGAGCUGAAGAAAUCCCGGUCGACCCAAAUCCAGCAGAAGCAGCACUUCCUGGCCAUGCAGGCCACCAAGGAGAGGCAGGAGUUCGAGAGAGUGCUCAGGGUGCAGGAGGAGCAGAUGGCGAAGGAGCAGAAGGAGGAAGGGGAGAAGAGACACGGCAGGACCAAGUUUGCCAAUGAUCUGAGGGAGCAGAUCCGGGAAAAGGAGCAGAAGCAGAUUGCAGAGAGAGCUGCCUUCUUUGAGGAAGGCAAGCGUCUGAAGGACGAAGCUCACCAGCGCCGGGUCCGCCUCGACCAAAUCAAGAGGAAGAAGCUGGAAGAGCUGAGAUCUGUCGGACUCCCGGAGAAAUACUGUCAUCAAAUUGAGCGUCGCUUGCAAGCUAUCUCAACCUAGAGACUCACCUACGUGGGACCAAGAUUUUUAUUGCAGUCUUUGUGUCAAAUAUAUAAAGAGUAAAUUAAC